GUAUUGCGAUACUUUAUUUUAUAAAAGCUUAUGUUUCUUGUGAAAGUGCUAAUUACAUUUGAUCUGAGUCUUUAAGGAUCCAAAAUGAAUUUUCUACACAUAUCUGUAGCUUUGGUUUUAAUCUCCACGCAAACUGUGUUUACAAGAUGUCACAAGCGAAUGGCCAACCAGAACGCAGUUGCAGCCGCUUUACAGAAUAUACUCGGACCGCAAAUUCGCGAGAACGCAAUGCCAAUGUCUCGUAUGCCAACCCAAUGGCAGCAGGACGUCGCGGCCGCAAUGCCGUACCGAGCAAUGUCGCGUGAAAUAAGCAUGCCUAACAUGAGGCUCGUGGAACCGAAAUGUCCGUGCCAAAUGGGAGGAACAUACCCGAUACGGACAGAAUUUAUUAAUGCUUUAGAUAACAUGGUUGGUUUGCCAAUGCCUCCAAUGCCAAUUUACUCUCAACCUACUCCAGAGAUCUUUACAGCACCAAUUCCGUAUCCUGUUUCAUCACCAGUUCAGAAUAAACCUGGUUGCGGUUGUUCGUGUUCCGCAUCAGCGCCAUUAGUUAGCCCUUUCCUUCCAUCGGCAUCACCAGUUUCAGCCUGGGCACCACCUACAUCCAAUCUGCUCCCACCAGUCAUACCGAGCCAGGUCAGAUCUCAUUUCUUGCGAAAAAUACCCAUUCCACCACCGACGUUAUAAAAAUUAGACGCUAGUUAUUUAUUGGUUAUUUAAUAAAUUAUUAUUUAUGA